AAAAGUACACACGAAAGUCGAAAGAAAAAAAAAAUUAUCGGCUCUUAAUCAUCAUCGUGCAAACACACCGAAAAAAAAAUUUUUUUUUUCGCGUAAUUAAAAUUCGUCUCAAGCAUUUGCCAGGCACAAACAACCACUCCCGCAAAUGGCACGUCAACGCGUUUGUUGAAUGGCAGCAAAUCGUGUCGUCGCGGACCUUGUUGAAUCUGGAAUAUAUUAUUUUGUGCAGUGUUUGGAGCUGUAUUAUUUGUCGUCGUCUGAAAACUUGUCGCAACUGUUGCUGCUGGCGGGUCACACGAUAAUGAGCAACCUUUCGAUCGACAGUGCGGAAAUUGCGUACCCGACAACGGAUACGGAGAGCGAAUUUGAUGGUCCGACACGACUUGGGGACUUGAGCACGGCGUCGCAGUACAACAAUGAGUUUGACAAAUCAACCACAACGUCGACCUCGUUGCCCGAACGUCACUCCGAAAUUACCUUCACAUCGAAUUGCAUGCAGGAACUCGUGCCCGGCAUGUGUUUCGAGAUCAAAGGCAUCGUUCCGCACACUUGCGAGCGCUUUUCCGUGAAUCUCGUGCUAAAUAACACGCAUCGCGACAUUGCGUUGCAUCUGAAUCCGCGAAUGCCCCAAAAUUGCGUCGUGCGGAAUAGUAAACACAAGAAACGAUGGGGCAAGGAGGAAAUCGCCUCGAGUGUUCCGUUCGAUUUGCAUCGCGGAAAUGACUUUAUCUUGCACAUUCUUGUCACGGACGAAGGAUAUCUGAUAGCGAUCAACGGGAAGCACUUUGCAUCGUUCGGACACCGAUUUCCGUACCAAAAAGUCAAGGGAAUUGAGAUUCGUGACGUCACAGAUGUCGAAGUUGAUCAAAUAAAAAUCUCCGAAUAUCCCGUGGCGACGCCAUUUUACAAACCCAGUUGCUUAAUCUUCGAAACAAUGACAAAAAAUGACGUCGAUUCGCUCGUCAAGUCCGUCAUCAAGAACGAAACGCCCUCAAAUGACUUCCUUCCGAUGCCCUAUUACGGCAGAUUCGAAGAUCGCUUCACGAGCGGCAAAGAACUCCACAUUCUGGCACGCAUCAAAAUUCUUCCGCACUCGUUUUUCAUCAACUUGCAGGACAGUACGCGCAUUUGGCCCCAUCCGAACAUUCCGCUGCACCUGAACUCGCGUUUCGGGCAGAUUAACAAGAAAAAUGUCAUCAUCCGAAACUCCUGGUUGAACGGCAAAUGGGACGAGGAGGAACGUUGUGUGACGCAGGAUCCGCAUUGCUUCGUGCCCGGCGGUUGGUUUCAUCUGUAUAUCGCGUGUCACGACGAAGACUACCAAAUUUACUUGAACGACGUGCUAAUUGCCGAGUAUCCGUUUCGCAUCAAUCCCAAUAUUGUGAAUACGGUGCUGAUUCAGGGCGAUUUGCGACUGGCACGGGUCUUUUGUCGCUCGCUGAGAUGAAAACGGGCUUUGGUGGCGACUCCAACUCAGGCAAGUCCCAGUAUGUCGCCCGAUAGCGUUAGAUAGUAGCUGGAAUCUGACGUUUUUAUUAAAAAUUUUCUUCGUUUCUUAUUUAAUACGUGGUCUAAAGGUUCUCUGUUGAACGUUUAUUUGAAAUAGUAACUAUAACUUUACUGCUAUUUUGAAGAGCUCUCAGUGAUUUUUUUAAUUAAAAAAAAUAUUUAUAUAUUCAAAAUUAGCCUAAGAAAUUUUGUUAAUGAUUAAAACUUAAGAACUUUGCCCAAGAAAAAAAAAACAAAAAAGCUACAAACAACCAAAAAAUGUUAGAUUAGCACGUAGAACUAUAUUUACUGUGUUGACACAAAAAAAAAUUAUUAAUGUUUAGAAUGAAUUUUUUGAAUUAUAAAUGGAUCAAAAAAAAAAGUCAAAUUAUACCUCUAAAAAAAUUGGUAACAAAUCUC